AUGGCUCGCACCAAGCAGAUUGCUCGCAAGUUUACCGGCUUAACGACUGCCCAAAAGCAAGGUUUAACCGCCAAACCUGCUCGUAAGCAGGGCCCUUUGACUGGUGGAUUGAUGAAACCCCAUCGAUACCGUCCUGGAGAUGUGGCCCUUCGUGAGAUCCGCCACUACCAGAACACCACCGAACUGCUUUUCUGCAAACUCCGUUUUAAACUUGUGGUGAAGACAAUUGCCCAGGACAUCAAGGCUGAUGUGCGUUUUCAAAAUGCUGCCAUUGGCGGUCUGCAGGAAGCCGCAGAGGCUUACCUGGCCGACUUUCUGACUGACGCCUACUUGUGUGCCACCCACGCCAAACGAGUCACUCUUCAGCUCAGAGACAUUCAACUGGCUCGUCGCAUUCGAGGAGAGUGA